AUGGUGACCGGGAUUAUCGGACGCAAGAUCGGGAUGACCCAGGUGUUCGACGACAAGGGGACCGCGCUGCCGGCGACGGUUCUCGCCGCCGGCCCCUGCGUUGUGGUGCAGCGCAAGACGGUCGAUAGGGACGGGUACGACGCAGUGCAGCUCGGCCUCGUCGAAGACCGCCCGGCGCGGGUUUCAAAGCCGCUUGCGGGUCACUACCGCCGGUCGGGCGUGGAGACGGACAAGGUCCGCCUCAGCGGCAUCCGGGAGGUCGCCGUAGUCGAUGCCCAGUCGGGCGACGUGCCACAGGACGGCGAGCAGGUGCGCGUGUCGCUAUUCGCCGCCGGGGAUCAGGUGGAUGUGGUCGGCGAGAGCCGCGGCCGCGGGUUUCAAGGGGUCGUCAAGCGCCACGGCUUCGCCGGCGGCCGGGCCACCCACGGGUCGAUGUUUCACCGUGCACCCGGUUCUAUCGGACAGUCGUCCUAUCCGUCGCGCGUCAUCAAGGGGAUGCGAGGACCGGGCCGCAUGGGCGGAGACCGCGUGACGGUACGCAAUCUGCGCAUUAUCCAGGUAGAUGUCGAGAAUAACCGGUUGGUCGUGAUGGGCGCCGUGCCGGGGGCGCCGGGUGGGCACGUGCUCAUUCGGCGCGCGGUGGCGCCGCGGCGCGAGCCGGUGGUCGCCGUGCAGGACACGGCCAAGGCGAAGCAGCGGCGCAAAUGA